AUCAUCUUCCAUUCUUCCCUCCCUCUCUCUCUGUGUCUCUCUCUCGCGUAUUUCAGUAGCAGAAGCAAACUCCGGCCAGAUAAGUCAUGUUAGGUGAUUACGCCGAACAAAUGGAGAAUCAGGAUUCUUCAGGAGAAGGGAAAUGGUGGGGAAAUAAACAACUGCAACAAAUCAAUGGCUUUUGGUUCAUGCCACUUGCGAUUCCUGGAGUUCAACGGGUCCUGGCCGAGUUCAAUCCACGCCCUAAUGAUGUAAUCUUGGCUUCAUUUCCCAAAACCGGCACCACAUGGCUCAAAGCUUUGCUUUACUCAAUAAUCAAUCCAUCCUCUCUUGAUUCCCUAGUCAAGCACAACCCCCAUGAUCUUGUUCCUUUCCUUGAAUUGCGAGUCUUCAAUGAAGGAUCGGAACCAUACGUUAUGCCACCACCGGAUGCUAAAACCAAAAUCUUCGGUACCCAUAUUCCAUAUCAAUUGUUAGGCAAAACCUUUGAAUCCUCAGGUUGUCGUGUGGUUUAUGUUUCUAGGAACCCAAAGGACACCUUGAAUUCACUUUGGCAUUUUGUGAAUAAGUGGAAAGUAGCCGAGGAGGAAGCGUGGGGGUUGGAAGAAGCUGUUGAGAAAUUUUGCCAGGGAAUUAUACCUUAUGGGUCUUACUAUGAGCAUGUGUUGGGGUAUAAAAUGGCAAGUUUAAAGAACCCUAAUAAAGUAUUCUUUGUUACAUAUGAAGAGCUAAAGAAUGAUCCAAAAACUCACGUCAAAAAGUUGGCUGAGUUUUUGGGUUCUCCUUUUGCUGAAGAGGAUAACAAAGUGGAAGAGAUAGUGAAGAGCUGCAGCUUUGAGGUUUUGAGCAAUCAUGAAGUGAACAAGUCUGAGCAUUCUCGAACUGUUGCGACGAUGACAAUAGAUUCUAAAGCCUUGUUUAGAGAAGCGACUGUUGGUGACCAUAAAAAGUACUUGAGCGAUGAGAGUAUUAAAAGAAUUGAUACACUCACAAACGAGAAAUUUCACAAUUCUGGUAUUGCUUAUGCGUUUAAUUAAUUUCUUUGUUUCUUUGGCAUAUGUAAGAGCAUAGAAAUUGGUGUGU